UCAGAAGUGAAAAGACAGACGAGUGGUCCUCGACUGCCGGGUUCUGUGUAGCGUGUGUAAUAUUAUUUGAUAAUACAUACAUGUUGUUAGGUGAAUUGUCAAGAAAAUAUGGGAGCGUAUCUAUCAGAGCCAGUGACGGAGAAACUGAGUAGUGAUGAAGAUGGAGACUGGCUGAAAUAUGGCGCCAGUUCGAUGCAAGGAUGGCGGGUGUCGCAGGAGGAUGCUCACAACUCAAUCUUGGAUUAUGAUAAAAAAACUCACCUCUUUGCUGUGUAUGAUGGCCAUGGAGGGCAUGAAGUGGCUGCCUAUACAGCACUAAAGUUACCAGACUUUUUAAAGGAAACAGAGGCCUACAAGAAUGGCCUAAUAUCUCAAGCACUUACAGAUACUUUCCUCGGGUUUGAUGCCACCCUCGUGAAACCUGAGGUGGUCAGCAUACUCAAGCAAAUUGCUGGUACAAAAGAUGAGGAUGAGGAGGAAGAAGAAGAUAACUCUGAGUCUGAGAGUGAAGAAAUGGACAACUUGUAUCGAGAGGCAACAAUGCCCCUUGAUGAAGUCAUUGCCAAAUAUGCCGAAAACCCACAAAUUAGUAGAUGUAAAAAAGAAAAGGGAGUCUCUCCAUUUCUGAAGGCUAAGAGCAGUAAGAGUAAUAAAUCAUCAGACUCAGAGAGCCCAGUGAAAUUUGCUCUUGAAGAGGAAGAUGCAGAAAAGUCGCCAGUUGUACCACAAUCUUCAUCAUCGGGUGUUACAGAAGAAUCAAACACAGAGAACGUUAAAGUAAAUAGUGAAGGUAACCAAAAUGGUACCAAAGUAGAGACAGAUGUUGAGGUGAAUGGAGACGAAACAAAACAUAUGGUAAAUGGUGAAGGGGGUGAAGAAAUUGAAGAUUCAAAGAAAAUUGAGAAAACCGAUACAGACGAAGGUAAAUUGGAGGAGUGCAAAGUUGAGAAUGGUGACACAAUUGUGAAUGGUGGUGAAGGGCAAGAGACUGGAAAAGGAAAGGGCAAAGGUGGUAAGGGCGGGAAAGGAAAGGCUGUGUUAAAAAAUUCUGAAGUGCAGGCAAUGAAGGCAGCAAAAGCAAAAGAAAAGAGAAGGGAAGCAGCAAUUAAAGCAGCUGAAAUUUAUAGAAAGAUUCAGGAAGGAGGAGCUGAGGAAGACUUAAGUGAUGAAGAGGAGGAUGAUGAAGAUGACAAUUUUGAGGAUGAGGGAGGUGAAGAAGAAGAGGGUGAAGAAGAUGCUGAUGGUGAAGAAAGUGAAGAUGAAGAUGAUGAUGAGGAGGAGGAGGAUGUUGAAACUGAAGAUGACGAAGACCCUUACACUGAAUUUGCCAUGAAUAUGAAAGAGGAGCCCGGUUUUGACAGUGGUUGUACAGCAUGUGUGGCACUCAUUCAAGAAAAAAUGUUGUACGUAGCCAAUGUUGGUGAUUCCCGUUGUGUUGUGUCAAGAAAUGGGAAAGCUGUCGAGAUGAGCCUUGACCACAAGCCAGAAGAUGAUCCAGAGGCUGCCAGAAUUAUUAAAGCUGGAGGCAGAGUAACUGCUGAUGGACGUGUAAAUGGAGGACUUAAUCUCUCAAGAGCAAUUGGUGACCAUGGCUACAAACAAAAUAAAAAUUUGAGCCCUGAGGAACAGAUGAUCAGCCCCUUACCUGAUGUACGUUCCAUGGCUCUGGAACCUGAAGAUAAUUUUAUGAUUGUUGCAUGUGAUGGAAUCUGGAACUCCCUCUCCUCUCAGGAAGCUUGUGAUUUUGUCUCAGAAAGACUUAACGAUGGCACGAAGAUUACAAAGAUUUGUGAAGAACUAUUUGAUCAUUGCCUUGCGCCGGACACCCAUGGGGAUGGUACGGGCUGCGACAACAUGACUUGUAUCAUCAUAAGUUUCAAAGAUAAAGAAGUGCAAUCUUGUGGUAAUAAGAGAACCUCAAAACAGGCAGAUAAUGAUGAUUCCACACAGGAUGCAAAGAAAGUCAAAAGUGAUGGUGAAUAAUGACCAUUUUGGCAUAGGAGAUUUUUUAUUUUCUAUUUUAUUUUGAGGGGUGGGAACUUAGGGGGUGGGAGGGUAUGUAUUCAUGACAUUUACCUGAGUGAUCUUGUAAGACAAACCUCUUCAGACCAGGAAUCUGCUGGUGUCUUAUAAUCCUUAAAUGGCCUGAGAAGUAAAUGUCAUUUUGAACUCGAGUGUUUCACUGCUUUUGAAUGAUGUGAAAUGUGGCUUAAAAACCUACUCUUAAAUUAUCAGUUUUAGGGUGUUUCAAAGUGAAACCUUAGGGUGAAGAAGGUUGAGAAGGACCCAAGGUAUUUCUGUUAGUGCUGAAACAUGCUUAGAGCUUGCUAAUUAGUGAAACUUAAAACGACAAAAAAGGGAUUACCAAAACUUAAUGUGUACUGUAAUUAUAUUCUUUCAUUCAUGUUUAGAAUGUGAGGUGAAGGAACAAAUAUUUUGUACCCAUUUGAUUUUCAUGGAAUGUUGAAAGGUGCUAUGGAAGUUGUUGUAUUGGUCAGGCAAAUAAUUUUUUUUCCCUUUUCCUCUUAAAAAAUAGUUAUUGAAUUUGAUACAAAGAAAACAUUUAAAAAUAAAAAAUGUUGUGGAUUGUGAUUUCUACACAACAGUAAUAACAGAUCAUCAUAUCAUGUACUAUUAUGUACAAAUUAUGAUGCAGCUUUCAUUUUCACAUUAAUGAAAUCUGUUGACAUUAUUUAUGGAAUACAUGUUCAUAAAGCUGAGUUUGUUUUGCUAUUUGUAGAUUUAAAUCCAAGGUAGUACUUUUAAAGAAUGCUCCAUUACUUCUUGUAUUUGAUACCUAUGUUGAAACUUCAGUACUAGCUUGAAUUGCCUCGUGGUUAUAAGUUAUUGUAGUGUUACAGUGAGGAUGUCUUCAGCACAAGUGUGUUUGUCUCACAGCAUCUCUGUGUUAACAGUGAGAGAUGAAUCAGUGCACCUGCAGUCUUUAUAACUGUGCCACUGGUUUGGCAAGAUAUGUAGUCCUAUACAGACAUUGAGUACAAGUGCAUAAGGAUAACACUAUAAGCUCGUUAAACUUGUCACAGGUUUUGCCUAGUGCAAAACUUGUGUAUUUAUGGUGAGAACAAUAUAGUUUCAUUCUAGCUAUAAUUUAACAACUGUAAACUUGACUAUGCAUUUAAUGUGUACCAAGUGUGAAAGUAAUUAAUUCAUGCCCUUUUGUUAAAACAACACUGCCCAGUGAAAUGGUUAGAAAGUGAGUGCAUAUGUGAGAUUUCCUGGAACCACAUCUGCAUCUGCUCCAUCACAGGAACAAGUUAAUGUGUGUGAUGAGUAGGUAUAGUGUUCUCACUCUGUUACAAAAUGUUGUUGAAAACCUUAACAAAAUUUCAUUGUGUAAGAUGGCUGUGGUUUAUUGGUUUUAAUUUUGCAUAUAAUAAUAACCUAUUUGUUUUAUCACUACUAUGCUAUUGAGAGUUCACAAGUUUAGUUUAUUUGUUUUUAAAAUCAAACUUGCCAUCGUAUCAUGAAUACAAUAAUAAUUUUCAUCCUAAGGUUCCACAUUGAGGGUGUACCAAAAGGAUAGAUUGCUGCUACAAUACGUGCUGCUGUUGGCUAUAGUUAGUUCACACACAAGUACAAAUUACCUAAGCAUUACACAUUGGAAAUCUGUUUUAUGUUGAAAUUACAGUUUUCCAAAAGGUUUGUGCAUGGACCAGGUAUCAUGCAUAUUUUUUUUCUACCAAGAAUAAACAAACUGGGGAAAUGAUUUUAAAAUAAAACUGUUCCUAAGUUUGUGAUGCUCGUAUUUCAUUUCAUUGUAAGAACUGAGUAUCACAAAGUUCUUGCUUUUCCAGUUGAAUAUACAAUGCGUAAGAAAAGAAAUAUAGGAGGUAGAACAUUGCCUAUUUGUAAUAAAUUCUUUCAUUCACA